AUGGGAUCGCGGGUGGUUCCGUGCACCAUCAAACUACUGAUUCAAACUUUUGCUACAUUCGGCAAUCCAGAAGUAAUAGUGUCCGACAAUGGAACUCAAUUUUCCAGCCACGAAUUUCAAGAUUUUUGUACAGCUCAAGGAAUACGUCAUAUUCGUAUCGCUCCGUACCAUCCGCAAUCCAGCGGUUUAGCCGAAAGAUUCGUGGAUACUUUGAAAAGAAGCCUUCGAAAAAUGCGCACGGGAGGAGAAUCACUCGAAGAAGCACUGUACAUCUUCUUGAAUGUUUACCGCUCUACUCCAACCAGUGACUUGAACGGCAAAGCUCCCGCUGAAUUGAUGUUCAGUAGUACCGUAUUGUCAUUGCUCAAACCGACUGAACGUUCCACUGACUCCACAUUCAGAAACAGGAAGAAUCAGAACAACUCAUUCAACAAAAAGCAUGGCGCAGUCAAAAGGGUAUUUCAGCACGGAGAUACUGUCUACGUAAAGGUACAUCGAGCGAAUUCAUGGCAGUGGCAACCAGCAACCGUGAUCGAGAAAAUCGGAACCGUGAACUACAAUGUCUUCCUGGAGGAUCAACAUCGCCUGAUACGGUUGAGAAGUACAUGA